AUGGAGUUGUCGAGAGACGCAGUCGUAGCUGAGACAGUAGUAGCGGAAGACACGGUAGAGCCUGGAGUAGUUGUACCGGAAGACGAGGUCGUGAAAGAAGUCGUCAGGUCGGGUGACGCGGUCGUGGCUGGAGCAGUCGUACCGGAGGACGAGUACGUGGGGAGACUGGUCGUACCGGAGGACGAAUACGUGGGGAGACUGGUCGUAACGGAAGAAAAGAACGUAGAAGAUGGCGUCAGGUCGAAUGUUGCAGUUGUAUCGGGUGUAGUUGUACAGGAAGACUAUUUCGUAGAAGGUGUCAUCAGGUCGGGCGACGCGGUCGUAACUGGAGUAGUUGUACCGGAAGAAGAGUUCUUAGAAGGUGUGGUUAGCUCGGGCGACGCGGUUUUAGCUGGAGUAGUUGUACCGGAAGAAGAGUUCUUAGAAGGUGUCGUUAGGUCAGGUGACGCGCUCGAAGCUAGAGUACUUACACCGGAAGACGUGAUCGUGGCCGGUGUCGACAGGUCGGGUGAAAGGGUUGUGUCUGAAGGAGUGGUAACGGAAGACAAGGUUAUAGACGAUGUCGACAAGUCGAGAGGCGCGGUCGUGGCUGGGGAAGUAGUAGCGGAAGACGGGGUUGUGCCUGGAGUAGUUGUCCCCGACAACGAGGUCGUAAAAAUUGUCGACAAUUCGGGGGUCGCGGUCGUGGCUGGAGUAGUCGUACCGGAAAACGAGGUAGUGGCUGGAGUAGUCGUAUUGGAAGACGCGGUCGUGACUGAACUAGUCGUACCGGAAGAAGAAGUCGUGGUUGGAGUAGCCGUAUUGGAAGACGCGGUCGUGACUGAACUUGUCGUACCGGAAGACGAAGUCGUGGCUGGAGUAGUCGUACCGGCAGACGCCGUCUUGGAAGGUGUCGUAAGGUCGGGCGACGCGAACCCUUCUAAAGUAUUCGUACCCGAAGAUGAGUUCGUAGAAAGUAUCGGUGAGUCAGCAUACGCGAGUUCAUCCGGAGUACUCAUAUUCGACGAAGAGGUCGUAGAAGGUGGCGAGAAUUUGGGUAACGCAGUCGUUGCUGGAGUAGUUGUACCGGAAGACGAGGUCGUGGCUGGAGUAGUCGUAUUGGAAGACGCGGUCGUGACUGAACUACUCGUACCGGAAGACGACGUCGUGGCUGGAGUAGUCGUACUGGAAGACGAGGUCGCAGCUGGAGUGGUCGUACCGGGAGACGAGGUCGUAGACGAUAACGACAGGUCGAGAGACGAAAUCGUAGCUGAGGAAGUAGCAGCGGGAGACGGGGUUGAGCCUGGAGAAGUUGUCCCCGACGACGGAGUCGUGGAAUUUGUAGACAGUUCGAGUGUCGCAGUCGUGGCUGGAGUAAGCGUACCGGAAGACGAAGUCGUGGCUGGAGUAAUCAUAUCAAAAGAUGAGCUCGUAGAAAGUUUCGUGAGUUCAAGCGAUGCGGUGGCAGCGGGGGUAGUACUACCCGAAGACGAGAUCGUGGAUGGUGGAGCCGCGUCCGGUGACUGUGUCGUGGUUGAAGAAAUCGUAUCCGAGAACGAGGACGAGGCUGGAGUUGUCGUACCGGAAGACGAGGUCGUGGACGAUGUUGACAUUUCGAGAGGGGGGGUCGUGGCUGAGGAAGUAGUAGCGGAAGACGGGGUCGUGCCUGGAGUAGUUGUCCUCGAGGACGGAGUCGUGGAAGUUGUCGACAGUUCGGGUGUUGCUGUCGUGACUGGCUUCGUAGUACCGGAAGACGAGGUCGGGGCUGGAGUAUUCGCAUCAGAAGAUGAAGUCCUAGAAACUGUCGUCAGGUCAGGCGACGCGCUCGAAGCUAAAGUACUUCCACCGGAAGACGUGAUCGUGGACGGAGUCGCAAGGUCGGAUGAAGGGCUUGUGCCUGAAGAAGUGGUAACGGAGGACGAGGUCGUAGACGAUGUCGACAGGUCGAGAGAAACGGUCGUGGCUAGGGAAGUAGUAGCGGAAGACAGGGUUGUGCCUGGAAUAGUUGUCCUCGAUGACGGAGUCGUGGAAGUUGUCGACAGGUCGGGUGUUGCUGUCGUGACUGAACUAGUCGUACCGGGAGACGCCGUCGUGCCUGGAGUAAUCGUACCGGAAGACGCAGUCUUGGAAGGUGUCGUAAGGUCGGGCGACGCGAACCUUUCUGAAGUAUUCGUACCCGAUGACGAGUUCGUAGAAAGUAUCGGUGAGUCAGCAUACGCGAGUUCAUCCGGAGUACUCAUAUUCGACGAAGAGGUCGUAGAAGGUGGCGAUAAUUCGGGUAACGCAGUCGUUGCUGGAGUAGUUGUACUGAAAGACGAGGUCGCAGCUGAAGUGGUCGUACCGGGAGACGAGGUAGUAGUCGAUGUCGACAGAUCGAGAGUCGAAAUCGUGGAUGAGGAAGUAGUAGCGGGAGACGGGGUUGUGCCUGGAGAAGUUGUCCCCGACGACGGAGUCGUGGAAGUUGUCGACAGUUCGGCUGUUGCUGUCGUGACUGGCGUCGUCGUACCGGAAAACGAGGUCGUUGCUGGAGUAUUCGCAUUAGAAGAUGAAGUCGUAGAAUGUGUCGCCAGGUCAGGCGACGCGCUCGUAGCUAGGGUACUCCCACCGGAAGACGUGAUCGUGGAUGGUGUCGCAAGGUCUGGAGUUGGACUUGUGCCUGAAAAAGUGGUAACGGAAGACGAGGUCGCAGACGAUGUCGUCAGUUCGAGAGGGGCGGUCGUGGCUGCGGAAGGAUUAGCGGAAGACGGGGUCGUGCCUGCAGUAGUUGUCGUCGAUGACGGAGUCGUGGAAGUUGUCGACAGUUCGGGUGUUGCGGUCGUGACUAGCGUCGUCGUACCGGAAGACGAGGUCGUUGCUGGAGUAUUGGCAACAGAAGAUGAAGUCGUAGAAAGUGUCGCCAGGUCAAGCAACGCGCUCGUUGCUAGAGUACUCCCACCGGAAGACGUGUUCAUGGACGGUUUCGUAAGGUCGGGUGAUGGGCUUGUGUCUGAAGAAUUGGUAACGGAAGACGAGGUCGUAGACGAUGUCGUCAGUUCUUCGGCUGUUGCUGUCGUGACUGGCGUCGUCGUACCGGAAAACGAGGUCGUUGCUGGAGUAUUCGCAUUAGAAGAUGAAGUCGUAGAAAGUGUCGCCAGGUCAGGCGACGCGCUCGUAGCUAGGGUACUCCCACCGGAAGACGUGAUCGUGGAUGGUGUCGCAAGGUCUGGAGUUGGACUUGUGCCUGAAAAAGUGGUAACGGAAGACGAGGUCGUAGGCGAUGUCGUCAGUUCGAGAGGUGCGGUCGUGGCUGCGGAAGUAUUAGCGGAAGACGGGGUCGUGCCUGCAGUAGUUGUCGUCGAUGACGGAGUCGUGGAAGUUGUCGACAGUUCGGGUGUUGCGGUCGUGACUAGCGUCGUCGUACCGGAAGACGAGGUCGUUGCUGGAGUAUUGGCAUCAGAAGAUGAAGUCGUAGAAAGUGUCGCCAGGUCAAGCGACGCGCUCGUAGCUAGAGUACUCCCACCGGAAGACGUGAUCAUGGACGGUGUCGUAAGGUCGGGUGAUGGGCUUGUGCCUGAAGAAAUGGUAACGGAAGACGCGGUCGUAGACGAUGUCGUCAGUUCUUCGGGUGUAGCUGUCGUGACGGGCGUCGUCGUACCGGAAGACGAGGUCGUUGCUGGAGUAUUGGCAUCAGAAGAUGAAGUCGUAGAAAGUGUCGCCAGUUCGGGUGUCGCGUUCGUGACUGGCGUAGUCGUACCGGAAGACGGGGUAGUGGCUGUAGUAGUCGUAUUGGAAGAUGCGGUCGUGACUGAACUAGUCGUGCCGGAAGAAGAAGUCGUGGUUGGAGUAGUCGUAUUGUACGACGCGGUCGUGACUGAACUACUCGUACCGGAAGACGACGUCGUGGCUGGAGUAGUCGUACCGGAAGACGAGUUCAUAGAAAGUAUCGGUGAGUCAGCAUACCCGAGUUCAUCCGGAGUACUCAUAUUCGACGAAGAGGUCGUAGAAGGUGGCGAGAAUUCAGUCGUACGGGAAGGCGAGGAGGUAGUCGUCGAUGUCGACAGAUCGAGAGUCGAAAUCGUGGCUGAGGAAGUAGUAGCGGGAGACGGGGUUGUGCCUGGAGAAGUCGUCCCCGACGACGGAGUCGUGGAAGUUGUCGACAGUUCGGCUGUUGCUGUCGUGACUGGCGUUGUCGUACCGGAAGACGAGGUCGUUGCUGGAGUAUUCGCAUCAGAAGAUAAAGUCGUAGAAAGUGUCGUCAGGUCAGGCGACGCGCUCGUAGCUAGGGUACUCCCACCGGAAGACGUGAUCGUGGAUGGUGUCGCAAGGUCGGGAGUUGGGCUUGUGCCUGAAGAAGUGGUAACGGAAGACGAGGUCGUAGACGAUGUCGUCAGUUCGAGAGGUGCGGUCGUGGCUGCGGAAGUAGUAGCGGUAGACGGGGUCGUGCCUGGAGUAGUUGUCCUCGAGGACGGAGUCGUGGAAUUUGUCAACAGUUCGGGUGUUGCUGUCGUGACUGGCGUCGUCGUACCGGAAGACGAGGUCGUUGCUGGAGUAUUGGCAUCAGAAGAUGAAGUCGUAGAAAGUAUCGCCAGGUCAAGCGACGCGCUCGUAGCUAGAGUACUCCCACCGGAAGACGUGAUCAUUGACGUUUUCGCAAGGUCGGGUGAUGGGCUUGUGCCUGAAGAAGUGGUAACGGAAGACGAGGUCGUAAACGAUGUCGUCAGUUCGAGAGGGGCGGUCGUGGCUGCGGAAGUAGUAGCGGAAGACGGGGUCGUGCCUGGAGUAGUUGUCCUCGAUGACGGAGUCGUGGAAGUUGUCGACAAUUCGGGUGUCGCGGUCGUGACUGGCGUAGUCGUACCGGAAGACGGGGUAGUGGCUGUAGUAGUCGUAUUGGUAGAUGCGGUCGUGACUGAACUAGUCGUGCCGGAAGAAGAAGUCGUGGUUGGAGUAGUCGUAUUGUACGACGCGGUCGUGACUGAACUACUCGUACCGGAAGACGACGUCGUGGCUGGAGUAGUCGUACCGGAAGACGAGUUCAUAGAAAGUAUCGGUGAGUCAGCAUACGCGAGUUCAUCCGGAGUACUCAUAUUCGACGAAGAGGUCGUAGAAGGUGGCGAGAAUUCAGUCGUACCGGAAGACGAGGAGGUAGUAGUCGAUGUCGACAGAUCGAGAGUCGAAAUCGUGGCUGAGGAAGUAGUAGCGGGAGUCGGGGUUGUGCCUGGAGAAGUUGUCCCCGACGACGGAGUCGUGGACGUUGUCGAGUGUUCGGGUGUUGCGGUCGUGACUGGAGUAGUCGUACCGGAAGACGAGGUCGUUGCUGAAGUAUUCACAUCAGAAGAUGAAGUCGUAGAAAGUGUCGUCAGGUCAGGCGACGCGCUCGUAGCUAGAGUACUCCUACCGGAAGACGUGAUCGUGGACGGUGUCGCAAGGUCGGGAGUUGGUCUUGUGCCUGAAGAAGUGGUAACGGAAGACGAGGUCGCAGACGAUGUCGUCAUAGUUGUCCUCGAGGACGGAGUCGUGGAAGUUGUCGACAGUUCGGGUGUUGCGGUCGUGACUGGCGUCGUCGUACCGGAAGACGAGGUCGUUGCUGGAGUAUUGGCAUCAGAAGAUGAAGUCGUAGAAAGUGUCGCCAGGUCAAGCGACGCGCUCGUAGCUAGAGUACUCCCACCGGAAGACGUGAUCAUGGACGGUGUCGUAAGGUCGAGUGAUGGGCUUGUGCCUGAAGAAUUGGUAACGGCAGACGAGGUCGUAGACGACGUCGUCAUUGUCCUCGAUGACGGAGUCGUGGAAGGUGUCGACAGUUCGGGUGUCGCGUUCGUGACUGGAGUAGUCGUACCGGAAGACGAAGACGUGGCUGGAGUAGUCGUAUUGGAAGCCGCGGUCGUGACUGAACUAGUCGUACCGGAAGACGACGUCGUGUCUGGAGUAAUCGUACCGGAAGACGCGGUCUUGGAAGGUGUCGUAAGGUCGUUCGACGCGAACUUUUCUAAAGUAUUCGUACCCGAAGACGAGUUCAUAGAAAGUAUCGGUGAGUCAGCAUACGCGAGUUCAUCCGGAGUACUCAUAUUCGACGAAGAGGUCGUAGAAGGUGGCGAGAAUUCAGUCGUACCGGAAGGCGAGGAGGUAGUCGUCGAUGUCGACAGAUCGAGAGUCGAAAUCGUGGCUGAGGAAGUAGUAGCGGGAGACGGGGUUGUGCCUGGAGAAGUCGUCCCCGACGACGGAGUCGUGGAAGUUGUCGACAGUUCGGCUGUUGCUGUCGUGACUGGCGUCGUCGUACCGGAAAACGAGGUCGUUGCUGGAGUAUUCGCAUCAGAAGAUGAAGUCGUAGAAAGUGUCGCCAGGUCGGGAGUUGGUCUUGUGCCUGAAGAAGUGGUAACGGAAGACGAGGUCGCAGACGAUGUCGUCAGUUCGAGAGGGGCGGUCGUGGCUGCGGAAGGAUUAGCGGAAGACGGGGUCGUGCCUGCAGUAGUUGUCGUCGAUGACGGAGUCGUGGAAGUUGUCGACGGUUCGGGUGUUGCGGUCGUGACUAGCGUCGUCGUACCGGAAGACGAGGUCGUUGCUGGAGUAUUCGCAUCAGAAGAUGAAGUCGUAGAAAGUGUCGCCAGGUCAAGCGACGCGCUCGUAGCUAGAGUACUCCCACCGGAAGACGUGAUCAUGGACGGUGUCGUAAGGUCGGGUGAUGGGCUUGUGCCUGAAGAAAUGGUAACGGCAGACGAGGUCGUAGACGACGUCGUCAGUUCUUCGGCUGUUGCUGUCGUGACAGGCGUCGUCGUACCGGAAAACGAGGUCGUUGCUGGAGUAUUCGCAUUAGAAAAUGAAGUCGUAGAAAGUGUCGCCAGGUCAGGCGACGCGCUCGUAGCUAGGGUACUCCCACCGGAAGACGUGAUCGUGGAUGGUGUCGCAAGGUCAGGAGUUGGGCUUGUGCCCGAAGAAGUGGUAACGGAAGACGAGGUCGCAGACGAUGUCGUCAGUUCGAGAGGGGCGGUCGUGGCUGCGGAAGUAUUAGCGGAAGACGGGAUCGUGCCUGGAGUAGUUGUCCUCGAUGACGGAGUCGUCGAAGUUGUCGACAUCUCGGGUGUCGCGGUCGUGGCUGCAGUAGUCGUACUGGAAGACGAGGUCGCAGCUGGAGUAGUCGUACCGGAAGACGAGGUCGUAGGCGAUGUCGACAGGUGGAGAGAAGCGGUCGUGGCUAGGGAACUAGUUGCGGAAGACGGGGUUGUGCCUGGACUAGUUGUCGUCGAUGACGGAGUCGUGGAAGUUGUCGACAGUUCGGGUGUUGCGGUCGUGACUGGCGUCGUCGUACCGGAAGACGAGGUCGUUGCUGGAGUAUUCGCAUCAGAAGAUGAAGUCGUAGAAAGUGUCGCCAGGUCAAGCGACGCGCUCGUAGCUAGAGUACUCCCACCGGAAGACGUGAUCAUGGACGGUGUCGUAAGGUCGAGUGAUGGGCUUGUGCCUGAAGAAAUGGUAACGGCAGACGAGGUCGUAGACGACGUCGUCAGUUCUUCGGCUGUUGCUGUAGUGACUGGCGUCGUCGUACCGGAAAACGAGGUCGUUGCUGGAGUAUUCGCAUUAGAAGAUGAAGUCGUAGAAAGUGUCGCCAGGUCAGGCGACGCGCUCGUAGCUAGGGUACUCCCACCGGAAGACGUGAUCGUGGAUGGUGUCGCAAGGUCGGGAGUUGGGCUUGUGCCCGAAGAAGUGGUAACGGAAGACGAGGUCGCAGACGAUGUCGUCAGUUCGAGAGGGGCGGUCGUGGCUGCGGAAGUAUUAGCGGAAGACGGGAUCGUGCCUGGAGUAGUUGUCCUCGAUGACGGAGUCGUCGAAGUUGUCGACAUCUCGGGUGUCGCGGUCGUGGCUGCAGUAGUCGUACUGGAAGACGAGGUCGCAGCUGGAGUAGUCGUACCGGAAGACGAGGUCGUAGGCGAUGUCGACAGGUGGAGAGAAGCGGUCGUGGCUAGGGAACUAGUUGCGGAAGACGGGGUUGUGCCUGGACUAGUUGUCGUCGAUGACGGAGUCGUGGAAGUUGUCGACAGUUCGGGUGUUGCGGUCGUGACUGGCGUCGUCGUACCGGAAGACGAGGUCGUUGCUGGAGUAUUCGCAUCAGAAGAUGAAGUCGUAGAAAGUGUCGCCAGGUCAAGCGACGCGCUCGUAGCUAGAGUACUCCCACCGGAAGACGUGAUCAUGGACGGUUUCGUAAGGUCGGUUGAUGGGCUUGUGCCUGAAGAAUUGGUAACGGAAGACGAGGUCGUAGACGAUGUCGUCAGUUCUUCGGCUGUUGCUGUCGUGACUGGCGUCGUCGUACCGGAAGACGAGGUCGUUGCUGGAGUAUUCGCAUUAGAAGAUGUAGUCGUAGAAAGUGUCGCCAGGUCAGGCGACGCGCUCGUAGCUAGGGUACUCCCACCGGAAGACGUGAUCGUGGAUGGUGUCGCAAGGUCUGGAGUUGGACUUGUGCCUGAAAAAGUGGUAACGGAAGACGAGGUCGUAGGCGAUGUCGUCAGUUCGAGAGGUGCGGUCGUGGCUGCGGAAGUAUUAGCGGAAGACGGGGUCGUGCCUGCAGUAGUUGUCGUCGAUGACGGAGUCGUGGAAGUUGUCGACAGUUCGGGUGUUGCGGUCGUGACUAGCGUCGUCGUACCGGAAGACGAGGUCGUUGCUGGAGUAUUGGCAUCAGAAGAUGAAGUCGUAGAAAGUGUCGCCAGUUUGGGUGUCGCGGUCGUGGCUGGAGUAGUCGUACCGGAAGACGAGGUCGUUGCUGGAGUAUUCGCAUCAGAAGAUAAAGUCGUAGAAAGUGUCGUCAGGUCAGGCGACGCGCUCGUAGCUAGGGUACUCCCACCGGAAGACGUGAUCGUGGAUGGUGUCGCAAGGUCGGGAGUUGGGCUUGUGCCUGAAGAAGUGGUAACGGAAGACGAGGUCGUAGACGAUGUCGUCAGUUCGAGAGGUGCGGUCGUGGCUGCGGAAGUAGUAGCGGUAGACGGGGUCGUGCCUGGAGUAGUUGUCCUCGAGGACGGAGUCGUGGAAUUUGUCAACAGUUCGGGUGUUGCUGUCGUGACUGGCGUCGUCGUACCGGAAGACGAGGUCGUUGCUGGAGUAUUGGCAUCAGAAGAUGAAGUCGUAGAAAGUGUCGCCAGGUCAAGCGACGCGCUCGUAGCUAGAGUACUCCCACCGGAAGACGUGAUCAUGGACGGUGUCGUAAGGUCGGGUGAUGGGCUUGUGCCUGAAGAAAUGGUAACGGAAGACGCGGUCGUAGACGAUGUCGUCAGUUCUUCGGGUGUAGCUGUCGUGACGGGCGUCGUCGUACCGGAAGACGAGGUCGUUGCUGGAGUAUUGGCAUCAGAAGAUGAAGUCGUAGAAAGUGUCGCCAGUUCGGGUGUCGCGUUCGUGACUGGCGUAGUCGUACCGGAAGACGGGGUAGUGGCUGUAGUAGUCGUAUUGGAAGAUGCGGUCGUGACUGAACUAGUCGUGCCGGAAGAAGAAGUCGUGGUUGGAGUAGUCGUAUUGUACGACGCGGUCGUGACUGAACUACUCGUACCGGAAGACGACGUCGUGGCUGGAGUAGUCGUACCGGAAGACGAGUUCAUAGAAAGUAUCGGUGAGUCAGCAUACGCGAGUUCAUCCGGAGUACUCAUGAUCGACGAAGAGGUCGUAGAAGGUGGCGAGAAUUCAGUCGUACCGGAAGGCGAGGAGGUAGUCGUCGAUGUCGACAGAUCGAGAGUCGAAAUCGUGGCUGAGGAAGUAGUAGCGGGAGACGGGGUUGUGCCUGGAGAAGUCGUCCCCGACGACGGAGUCGUGGAAGUUGUCGAGAGUUCGGGUGUUGCGGUCGUGACUGGAGUAGUCGUACCGGAAGACGAGGUCGUUGCUGAAGUAUUCGCAUCAGAAGAUGAAGUCGUAGAAAGUGUCGUCAGUUCAGGCGACGCGCUCAUAGCUAGAGUACUCCCACCGGAAGACAUGAUCGUGGAUGGUGUCGCAAGGUCGGGAGUUGCGCUUGUGCCUGAAGAAGUGGUAACGGAAGGCGAGGUCGCAGACGAUGUCGUCAGUUCGAGAGGGGCGGUCGUGGCUGCGGAAGUAUUAGCGGAAGACGGGAUCGUGCCUGGAGUAGUUGUCCUCGAUGACGGAGUCGUCGAAGUUGUCGACAUCUCGGGUGUCGCGGUCGUGGCUGCAGUAGUCGUACUGGAAGACGAGGUCGCAGCUGGAGUAGUCGUACCGGAAGACGAGGUCGUAGGCGAUGUCGACAGGUGGAGAGAAGCGGUCGUGGCUAGGGAACUAGUUGCGGAAGACGGGGUUGUGCCUGGACUAGUUGUCGUCGAUGACGGAGUCGUGGAAGUUGUCGACAGUUCGGGUGUUGCGGUCGUGACUGGCGUCGUCGUACCGGAAGACGAGGUCGUUGCUGGAGUAUUCGCAUCAGAAGAUGAAGUCGUAGAAAGUGUCGCCAGGUCAAGCGACGCGCUCGUAGCUAGAGUACUCCCACCGGAAGACGUGAUCAUGGACGGUUUCGUAAGGUCGGUUGAUGGGCUUGUGCCUGAAGAAUUGGUAACGGAAGACGAGGUCGUAGACGAUGUCGUCAGUUCGAGAGGUGCGGUCGUGGCUGCGGAAGUAUUAGCGGAAGACGGGGUCGUGCCAGGAGAAGUUGUCCUCGAUGACGGAGUCGUGGAAGUUGUCGACGGUUCGGGUGUUGCGGUCGUGACUGGCGUAGUCGUACCGGAAGACGGGGUAGUGGCUGUAGUAGUCGUAUUGGUAGAUGAGGUCGUGACUGAACUAGUCGUGCCGGAAGAAGAAGUCCUGGUUGGAGUAGUCGUAUUGUACGACGCGGUCGUGACUGAACUACUCGUACCGGAAGACGACGUCGUGGCUGGAGUAGUCGUACCGGAAGACGAGUUCAUAGAAAGUAUCGGUGAGUCAGCAUACGCGAGUUCAUCCGGAGUACUCAUAUUCGACGAAGAGGUCGUAGAAGGUGGCGAGAAUUCAGUCGUACCGGAAGACGAGGAGGUAGUAGUCGAUGUCGACAGAUCGAGAGUCGAAAUCGUGGCUGAGGAAGUAGUAGCGGGAGUCGGGGUUGUGCCUGGAGAAGUUGUCCCCGACGACGGAGUCGUGGACGUUGUCGAGUGUUCGGGUGUUGCGGUCGUGACUGGAGUAGUCGUACCGGAAGACGAGGUCGUUGCUGAAGUAUUCACAUCAGAAGAUGAAGUCGUAGAAAGUGUCGUCAGGUCAGGCGACGCGCUCGUAGCUAGGGUACUCCCACCGGAAGACGUGAUCGUGGAUGGUGUCGCAAGGUCGGGAGUUGGGCUUGUGCCUGUAGAAGUGGUAACGGAAGACGAGGUCGUAGACGAUGUCGUCAGUUCGAGAGGUGCGGUCGUGGCCGAGGAAGUAGUAGCGGAAGACGAGGUCGUGCCUGCAGUAGUUGUCCUCGAGGACGGAGUCGUGGAAUUUGUCGACAGUUCGGCUGUUGCUGUCGUGACUGGCGUCGUCGUACCGGAAAACGAGGUCGUUGCUGGAGUAUUCGCAUUAGAAGAUGAAGUCGUAGAAAGUGUCGCCAGGUCAGGCGACGCGCUCGUAGCUAGGGUACUCCCACCGGAAGACGUGAUCGUGGAUGGUGUCGCAAGGUCUGGAGUUGGACUUGUGGCUGAAAAAGUGGUAACGGAAGACGAGGUCGUUGGCGAUGUCGUCAGUUCGAGAGGUGCGGUCGUGGCUGCGGAAGUAUUAGCGGAAGACGGGGUCGUGCCUGCAGUAGUUGUCGUCGAUGACGGAGUCGUGGAAGUUGUCGACAGUUCGGGUGUUGCGGUCGUGACUAGCGUCGUCGUACCGGAAGACGAGGUCGUUGCUGGAGUAUUGGCAUCAGAAGAUGAAGUCGUAGAAAGUGUCGCCAGGUCAAGCGACGCGCUCGUAGCUAGAGUACUCCCACCGGAAGACGUGAUCAUGGACGGUGUCGUAAGGUCGAGUGAUGGGCUUGUGCCUGAAGAAUUGGUAACGGCAAACGAGGUCGUAGACGACGUCGUCAUUGUCCUCGAUGACGGAGUCGUGGAAGGUGUCGACAGUUCGGGUGUCGCGUUCGUGACUGGAGUAGUCGUACCGGAAGACGAAGACGUGGCUGGAGUAGUCGUAUUGGAAGCCGCGGUCGUGACUGAACUAGUCGUACCGGAAGACGACGUCGUGUCUGGAGUAAUCGUACCGGAAGACGCGGUCUUGGAAGGUGUCGUAAGGUCGUUCGACGCGAACUUUUCUAAAGUAUUCGUACCCGAAGACGAGUUCAUAGAAAGUAUCGGUGAGUCAGCAUACGCGAGUUCAUCCGGAGUACUCAUAUUCGACGAAGAGGUCGUAGAAGGUGGCGAGAAUUCAGUCGUACCGGAAGGCGAGGAGGUAGUCGUCGAUGUCGACAGAUCGAGAGUCGAAAUCGUGGCUGAGGAAGUAGUAGCGGGAGACGGGGUUGUGCCUGGAGAAGUCGUCCCCGACGACGGAGUCGUGGAAGUUGUCGACAGUUCGGCUGUUGCUGUCGUGACUGGCGUCGUCGUACCGGAAGACGAGGUCGUUGCUGGAGUAUUCGCAUCAGAAGAUAAAGUCGUAGAAAGUGUCGUCAGGUCAGGCGACGCGCUCGUAGCUAGGGUACUCCCACCGGAAGACGUGAUCGUGGAUGGUGUCGCAAGGUCGGGAGUUGGGCUUGUGCCUGAAGAAGUGGUAACGGAAGACGAGGUCGUAGACGAUGUCGUCAGUUCGAGAGGUGCGGUCGUGGCUGCGGAAGUAGUAGCGGUAGACGGGGUCGUGCCUGGAGUAGUUGUCCUCGAGGACGGAGUCGUGGAAUUUGUCAACAGUUCGGGUGUUGCUGUCGUGACUGGCGUCGUCGUACCGGAAGACGAGGUCGUUGCUGGAGUAUUGGCAUCAGAAGAUGAAGUCGUAGAAAGUAUCGCCAGGUCAAGCGACGCGCUCGUAGCUAGAGUACUCCCACCGGAAGACGUGAUCAUGGACGGUGUCGUAAGGUCGGGUGAUGGGCUUGUGCCUGAAGAAAUGGUAACGGAAGACGCGGUCGUAGACGAUGUCGUCCGUUCUUCGGGUGUAGCUGUCGUGACGGGCGUCGUCGUACCGGAAGACGAGGUCGUUGCUGGAGUAUUGGCAUCAGAAGAUGAAGUCGUAGAAAGUGUCGCCAGUUCGGGUGUCGCGUUCGUGACUGGCGUAGUCGUACCGGAAGACGGGGUAGUGGCUGUAGUAGUCGUAUUGGAAGAUGCGGUCGUGACUGAACUAGUCGUGCCGGAAGAAGAAGUCGUGGUUGGAGUAGUCGUAUUGUACGACGCGGUCGUGACUGAACUACUCGUACCGGAAGACGACGUCGUGGCUGGAGUAGUCGUACCGGAAGACGAGUUCAUAGAAAGUAUCGGUGAGUCAGCAUACGCGAGUUCAUCCGGAGUACUCAUGAUCGACGAAGAGGUCGUAGAAGGUGGCGAGAAUUCAGGUAACGCAGUCGUUGCAGGAGUAGUUGUACCGGAAGACGAAUCGAGAGUCGAAAUCGUGGCUGAGGAAGUAGUAGCGGGAGACGGGGUUGUGCCUGGAGAAGUCGUCCCCGACGACGGAGUCGUGGAAGUUGUCGAGAGUUCGGGUGUUGCGGUCGUGACUGGAGUAGUCGUACCGGAAGACGAGGUCGUUGCUGAAGUAUUCGCAUCAGAAGAUGAAGUCGUAGAAAGUGUCGUCAGUUCAGGCGACGCGCUCAUAGCUAGAGUACUCCCACCGGAAGACAUGAUCGUGGAUGGUGUCGCAAGGUCGGGAGUUGCGCUUGUGCCUGAAGAAGUGGUAACGGAAGGCGAGGUCGCAGACGAUGUCGUCAGUUCGAGAGGGGCGGUCGUGGCUGCGGAAGUAUUAGCGGAAGACGGGAUCGUGCCUGGAGUAGUUGUCCUCGAUGACGGAGUCGUCGAAGUUGUCGACAUCUCGGGUGUCGCGGUCGUGGCUGCAGUAGUCGUACUGGAAGACGAGGUCGCAGCUGGAGUAGUCGUACCGGAAGACGAGGUCGUAGGCGAUGUCGACAGGUGGAGAGAAGCGGUCGUGGCUAGGGAACUAGUUGCGGAAGACGGGGUUGUGCCUGGACUAGUUGUCGUCGAUGACGGAGUCGUGGAAGUUGUCGACAGUUCGGGUGUUGCGGUCGUGACUGGCGUCGUCGUACCGGAAGACGAGGUCGUUGCUGGAGUAUUCGCAUCAGAAGAUGAAGUCGUAGAAAGUGUCGCCAGGUCAAGCGACGCGCUCGUAGCUAGAGUACUCCCACCGGAAGACGUGAUCAUGGACGGUUUCGUAAGGUCGGUUGAUGGGCUUGUGCCUGAAGAAUUGGUAACGGAAGACGAGGUCGUAGACGAUGUCGUCAGUUCGAGAGGUGCGGUCGUGGCUGCGGAAAUAUUAGCGGAAGACGGGGUCGUGCCAGGAGAAGUUGUCCUCGAUGACGGAGUCGUGGAAGUUGUCGACGGUUCGGGUGUUGCGGUCGUGACUGGCGUAGUCGUACCGGAAGACGGGGUAGUGGCUGUAGUAGUCGUAUUGGUAGAUGAGGUCGUGACUGAACUAGUCGUGCCGGAAGAAGAAGUCCUGGUUGGAGUAGUCGUAUUGUACGACGCGGUCGUGACUGAACUACUCGUACCGGAAGACGACGUCGUGGCUGGAGUAGUCGUACCGGAAGACGAGUUCAUAGAAAGUAUCGGUGAGUCAGCAUACGCGAGUUCAUCCGGAGUACUCAUAUUCGACGAAGAGGUCGUAGAAGGUGGCGAGAAUUCAGUCGUACCGGAAGACGAGGAGGUAGUAGUCGAUGUCGACAGAUCGAGAGUCGAAAUCGUGGCUGAGGAAGUAGUAGCGGGAGUCGGGGUUGUGCCUGGAGAAGUUGUCCCCGACGACGGAGUCGUGGACGUUGUCGAGUGUUCGGGUGUUGCGGUCGUGACUGGAGUAGUCGUACCGGAAGACGAGGUCGUUGCUGAAGUAUUCACAUCAGAAGAUGAAGUCGUAGAAAGUGUCGUCAGGUCAGGCGACGCGCUCGUAGCUAGAGUACUCCUAGCCGAAGACGUGAUCGUGGACGGUGUCGCAAGGUCGGGAGUUGGUCUUGUGCCUGAAGAAGUGGUAACGGAAGACGAGGUCGCAGACGAUGUCGUCAGUUCGAGAGGGGCGGUCGUGGCUGCGGAAGGAUUAGCGGAAGACGGGGUCGUGCCUGCAGUAGUUGUCGUCGAUGACGGAGUCGUGGAAGUUGUCGACGGUUCGGGUGUUGCGGUCGUGACUAGCGUCGUCGUACCGGAAGACGAGGUCGUUGCUGGAGUAUUCGCAUCAGAAGAUGAAGUCGUAGAAAGUGUCGCCAGGUCAAGCGACGCACUCGUAGCUAGAGUACUCCCACCGGAUGACGUGAUCAUGGACGGUGUCGUAAGGUCGGGUGAUGGGCUUGUGCCUGAAGAAAUGGUAACGGAAGACGCGGUCGUAGACGAUGUCGUCAGUUCUUCGGGUGUAGCUGUCGUGACGGGCGUCGUCGUACCGGAAGACGAGGUCGUUGCUGGAGUAUUGGCAUCAGAAGAUGAAGUCGUAGAAAGUGUCGCCAGGUCAAGCAACGCGCUCGUAGCUAGAGUACUCCCACCGGAAGACGUGAUCAUGGACGGUUUCGUAAGGUCGAGUGAUGGGCUUGUGCCUGAAGAAUUGGUAACGGCAGACGAGGUCGUAGACGACGUCGUCAGUUCUUCGGCUGUUGCUGUCGUGACUGGCGUCGUCGUACCGGAAAACGAGGUCGUUGCUGGAGUAUUCGCAUUAGAAGAUGAAGUCGUAGAAAGUGUCGCCAGGUCAGGCGACGCGCUCGUAGCUAGGGUACUCCCACCGGAAGACGUGAUCGUGGAUGGUGUCGCAAGGUCUGGAGUUGGACUUGUGCCUGAAAAAGUGGUAACGGAAGACGAGGUCGUUGGCGAUGUCGUCAGUUCGAGAGGUGCGGUCGUGGCUGCGGAAGUAUUAGCGGAAGACGGGGUCGUGCCUGCAGUAGUUGUCGUCGAUGACGGAGUCGUGGAAGUUGUCGACAGUUCGGGUGUUGCGGUCGUGACUAGCGUCGUCGUACCGGAAGACGAGGUCGUUGCUGGAGUAUUGGCAUCAGAAGAUGAAGUCGUAGAAAGUGUCGCCAGGUCAAGCGACGCGCUCGUAGCUAGAGUACUCCCACCGGAAGACGUGAUCAUGGACGGUGUCGUAAGGUCGAGUGAUGGGCUUGUGCCUGAAGAAUUGGUAACGGCAAACGAGGUCGUAGACGACGUCGUCAUUGUCCUCGAUGACGGAGUCGUGGAAGGUGUCGACAGUUCGGGUGUCGCGUUCGUGACUGGAGUAGUCGUACCGGAAGACGAAGACGUGGCUGGAGUAGUCGUAUUGGAAGCCGCGGUCGUGACUGAACUAGUCGUACCGGAAGACGACGUCGUGUCUGGAGUAAUCGUACCGGAAGACGCGGUCUUGGAAGGUGUCGUAAGGUCGUUCGACGCGAACUUUUCUAAAGUAUUCGUACCCGAAGACGAGUUCAUAGAAAGUAUCGGUGAGUCAGCAUACGCGAGUUCAUCCGGAGUACUCAUAUUCGACGAAGAGGUCGUAGAAGGUGGCGAGAAUUCAGUCGUACCGGAAGGCGAGGAGGUAGUCGUCGAUGUCGACAGAUCGAGAGUCGAAAUCGUGGCUGAGGAAGUAGUAGCGGGAGACGGGGUUGUGCCUGGAGGAGUCGUCCCCGACGACGGAGUCGUGGAAGUUGUCGACAGUUCGGCUGUUGCUGUCGUGACUGGCGUCGUCGUACCGGAAGACGAGGUCGUUGCUGGAGUAUUCGCAUCAGAAGAUAAAGUCGUAGAAAGUGUCGUCAGGUCAGGCGACGCGCUCGUAGCUAGGGUACUCCCACCGGAAGACGUGAUCGUGGAUGGUGUCGCAAGGUCGGGAGUUGGGCUUGUGCCUGAAGAAGUGGUAACGGAAGACGAGGUCGUAGACGAUGUCGUCAGUUCGAGAGGUGCGGUCGUGGCUGCGGAAGUAGUAGCGGUAGACGGGGUCGUGCCUGGAGUAGUUGUCCUCGAGGACGGAGUCGUGGAAUUUGUCAACAGUUCGGGUGUUGCUGUCGUGACUGGCGUCGUCGUACCGGAAGACGAGGUCGUUGCUGGAGUAUUGGCAUCAGAAGAUGAAGUCGUAGAAAGUAUCGCCAGGUCAAGCGACGCGCUCGUAGCUAGAGUACUCCCACCGGAAGACGUGAUCAUUGACGUUUUCGCAAGGUCGGGUGAUGGGCUUGUGCCUGAAGAAGUGGUAACGGAAGACGAGGUCGUAAACGAUGUCGUCAGUUCGAGAGGGGCGGUCGUGGCUGCGGAAGUAGUAGCGGAAGACGGGGUCGUGCCUGGAGUAGUUGUCCUCGAUGACGGAGUCGUGGAAGUUGUCGACAAUUCGGGUGUCGCAAUCGUGGCUGCAGUAGUCGUACUGGAAGACGAGGUCGUAGCUGGAGUAUUCGCAUCAGAAGAUGAAGUCGUAGAAAGUGUCGUCAGGUCAGGCGACGCGCUCGUAGCUAGAGUACUUCCACUGGAAGACCCGAUCGUGGACGGUGUCGCAAGUUCGAGAGGGGCGGUCGUGGCUGAGGAAAUAGUAGCGGAACAUGGAGUCCUGCCUGGAAUAGUUGUCCUCGAUGACGGAGUCGUGGAAGUUGUCGACGGUUCGGGUGUUGCGGUCGUGACUGGCGUAGUCGUACCGGAAGACGGGUUAGUGGCUGUAGUAGUCGUAUUGGAAGAUACGGUCGUGACUGAACUAGUCGUGCCGGAAGAAGAAGUCGUGGUUGGAGUAGUCGUAUUGUACGACGCUGUCGUGACUGAACUACUCGUACCGGUAGACGACGUCGUGGCUGGAGUAGUCGUACCGGAAGACGAGUUCAUAGAAAGUAUCGGUGAGUCAGCAUACGCGAGUUCAUCCGGAGUACUCAUAUUCGACGAAGAGGUCGUAGAAGGUGGCGAGAAUUCAGUCGUACCGGAAGGCGAGGAGGUAGUCGUCGAUGUCGACAGAUCGAGAGUCGAAAUCGUGGCUGAGGAAGUAGUAGCGGGAGACGGGGUUGUGCCUGGAGAAGUCGUCCCCGACGACGGAGUCGUGGAAGUUGUCGACAGUUCGGCUGUUGCUGUCGUGACUGGCGUUGUCGUACCGGAAGACGAGGUCGUUGCUGGAGUAUUCGCAUCAGAAGAUAAAGUCGUAGAAAGUGUCGUCAGGUCAGGCGACGCGCUCGUAGCUAGGGUACUCCCACCGGAAGACGUGAUCGUGGAUGGUGUCGCAAGGUCGGGAGUUGGGCUUGUGCCUGAAGAAGUGGUAACGGACGACGAGGUCGUAGACGAUGUCGUCAGUUCGAGAGGUGCGGUCGUGGCUGCGGAAGUAGUAGCGGUAGACGGGGUCGUGCCUGGAGUAGUUGUCCUCGAGGACGGAGUCGUGGAAUUUGUCAACAGUUCGGGUGUUGCUGUCGUGACUGGCGUCGUCGUACCGGAAGACGAGGUCGUUGCUGGAGUAUUGGCAUCAGAAGAUGAAGUCGUAGAAAGUAUCGCCAGGUCAAGCGACGCGCUCGUAGCUAGAGUACUCCCACCGGAAGACGUGAUCAUUGACGUUUUCGCAAGGUCGGGUGAUGGGCUUGUGCCUGAAGAAGUGGUAACGGAAGACGAGGUCGUAAACGAUGUCGUCAGUUCGAGAGGGGCGGUCGUGGCUGCGGAAGUAGUAGCGGAAGACGGGGUCGUGCCUGGAGUAGUUGUCCUCGAUGACGGAGUCGUGGAAGUUGUCGACAAUUCGGGUGUCGCGGUCGUGGCUGCAGUAGUCGUACUGGAAGACGAGGUCGCAGCUGGAGUAGUCGUACCGGAAGACGAGGUCGUAGGCGAUGUCGACAGGUGGAGAGAAGCGGUCGUGGCUAGGGAACUAGUUGCGGAAGACGGGGUUGUGCCUGGACUAGUUGUCGUCGAUGACGGAGUCGUGGAAGUUGUCGACAGUUCGGGUGUUGCGGUCGUGACUGGCGUCGUCGUACCGGAAGACGAGGUCGUUGCUGGAGUAUUCGCAUCAGAAGAUAAAGUCGUAGAAAGUGUCGUCAGGUCAGGCGACGCGCUCGUAGCUAGGGUACUCCCACCGGAAGACGUGAUCGUGGAUGGUGUCGCAAGGUCGGGAGUUGGGCUUGUGCCUGAAGAAGUGGUAACGGAAGGCGAGGUCGCAGACGAUGUCGUCAGUUCGAGAGGGGCGGUCGUGGCUGCGGAAGUAUUAGCGGAAGACGGGAUCGUGCCUGGAGUAGUUGUCCUCGAUGACGGAGUCGUCGAAGUUGUCGACAUCUCGGGUGUCGCGGUCGUGGCUGCAGUAGUCGUACUGGAAGACGAGGUCGCAGCUGGAGUAGUCGUACCGGAAGACGAGGUCGUAGGCGAUGUCGACAGGUGGAGAGAAGCGGUCGUGGCUAGGGAACUAGUUGCGGAAGACGGGGUUGUGCCUGGACUAGUUGUCGUCGAUGACGGAGUCGUGGAAGUUGUCGACAGUUCGGGUGUUGCGGUCGUGACUGGCGUCGUCGUACCGGAAGACGAGGUCGUUGCUGGAGUAUUCGCAUCAGAAGAUGAAGUCGUAGAAAGUGUCGCCAGGUCAAGCGACGCGCUCGUAGCUAGAGUACUCCCACCGGAAGACGUGAUCAUGGACGGUUUCGUAAGGUCGGUUGAUGGGCUUGUGCCUGAAGAAUUGGUAACGGAAGACGAGGUCGUAGACGAUGUCGUCAGUUCGAGAGGUGCGGUCGUGGCUGCGGAAAUAUUAGCGGAAGACGGGGUCGUGCCAGGAGAAGUUGUCCUCGAUGACGGAGUCGUGGAAGUUGUCGACGGUUCGGGUGUUGCGGUCGUGACUGGCGUAGUCGUACCGGAAGACGGGGUAGUGGCUGUAGUAGUCGUAUUGGUAGAUGAGGUCGUGACUGAACUAGUCGUGCCGGAAGAAGAAGUCCUGGUUGGAGUAGUCGUAUUGUACGACGCGGUCGUGACUGAACUACUCGUACCGGAAGACGACGUCGUGGCUGGAGUAGUCGUACCGGAAGACGAGUUCAUAGAAAGUAUCGGUGAGUCAGCAUACGCGAGUUCAUCCGGAGUACUCAUAUUCGACGAAGAGGUCGUAGAAGGUGGCGAGAAUUCAGUCGUACCGGAAGACGAGGAGGUAGUAGUCGAUGUCGACAGAUCGAGAGUCGAAAUCGUGGCUGAGGAAGUAGUAGCGGGAGUCGGGGUUGUGCCUGGAGAAGUUGUCCCCGACGACGGAGUCGUGGACGUUGUCGAGUGUUCGGGUGUUGCGGUCGUGACUGGAGUAGUCGUACCGGAAGACGAGGUCGUUGCUGAAGUAUUCACAUCAGAAGAUGAAGUCGUAGAAAGUGUCGUCAGGUCAGGCGACGCGCUCGUAGCUAGAGUACUCCUACCCGAAGACGUGAUCGUGGACGGUGUCGCAAGGUCGGGAGUUGGUCUUGUGCCUGAAGAAGUGGUAACGGAAGACGAGGUCGCAGACGAUGUCGUCAGUUCGAGAGGGGCGGUCGUGGCUGCGGAAGGAUUAGCGGAAGACGGGGUCGUGCCUGCAGUAGUUGUCGUCGAUGACGGAGUCGUGGAAGUUGUCGACGGUUCGGGUGUUGCGGUCGUGACUAGCGUCGUCGUACCGGAAGACGAGGUCGUUGCUGGAGUAUUCGCAUCAGAAGAUGAAGUCGUAGAAAGUGUCGCCAGGUCAAGCGACGCACUCGUAGCUAGAGUACUCCCACCGGAUGACGUGAUCAUGGACGGUGUCGUAAGGUCGGGUGAUGGGCUUGUGCCUGAAGAAAUGGUAACGGAAGACGCGGUCGUAGACGAUGUCGUCAGUUCUUCGGGUGUAGCUGUCGUGACGGGCGUCGUCGUACCGGAAGACGAGGUCGUUGCUGGAGUAUUGGCAUCAGAAGAUGAAGUCGUAGAAAGUGUCGCCAGGUCAAGCAACGCGCUCGUAGCUAGAGUACUCCCACCGGAAGACGUGAUCAUGGACGGUUUCGUAAGGUCGAGUGAUGGGCUUGUGCCUGAAGAAUUGGUAACGGCAGACGAGGUCGUAGACGACGUCGUCAGUUCUUCGGCUGUUGCUGUCGUGACUGGCGUCGUCGUACCGGAAAACGAGGUCGUUGCUGGAGUAUUCGCAUUAGAAGAUGAAGUCGUAGAAAGUGUCGCCAGGUCAGGCGACGCGCUCGUAGCUAGGGUACUCCCACCGGAAGACGUGAUCGUGGAUGGUGUCGCAAGGUCUGGAGUUGGACUUGUGCCUGAAAAAGUGGUAACGGAAGACGAGGUCGUUGGCGAUGUCGUCAGUUCGAGAGGUGCGGUCGUGGCUGCGGAAGUAUUAGCGGAAGACGGGGUCGUGCCUGCAGUAGUUGUCGUCGAUGACGGAGUCGUGGAAGUUGUCGACAGUUCGGGUGUUGCGGUCGUGACUAGCGUCGUCGUACCGGAAGACGAGGUCGUUGCUGGAGUAUUGGCAUCAGAAGAUGAAGUCGUAGAAAGUGUCGCCAGGUCAAGCGACGCGCUCGUAGCUAGAGUACUCCCACCGGAAGACGUGAUCAUGGACGGUGUCGUAAGGUCGAGUGAUGGGCUUGUGCCUGAAGAAUUGGUAACGGCAAACGAGGUCGUAGACGACGUCGUCAUUGUCCUCGAUGACGGAGUCGUGGAAGGUGUCGACAGUUCGGGUGUCGCGUUCGUGACUGGAGUAGUCGUACCGGAAGACGAAGACGUGGCUGGAGUAGUCGUAUUGGAAGCCGCGGUCGUGACUGAACUAGUCGUACCGGAAGACGACGUCGUGUCUGGAGUAAUCGUACCGGAAGACGCGGUCUUGGAAGGUGUCGUAAGGUCGUUCGACGCGAACUUUUCUAAAGUAUUCGUACCCGAAGACGAGUUCAUAGAAAGUAUCGGUGAGUCAGCAUACGCGAGUUCAUCCGGAGUACUCAUAUUCGACGAAGAGGUCGUAGAAGGUGGCGAGAAUUCAGUCGUACCGGAAGGCGAGGAGGUAGUCGUCGAUGUCGACAGAUCGAGAGUCGAAAUCGUGGCUGAGGAAGUAGUAGCGGGAGACGGGGUUGUGCCUGGAGGAGUCGUCCCCGACGACGGAGUCGUGGAAGUUGUCGACAGUUCGGCUGUUGCUGUCGUGACUGGCGUCGUCGUACCGGAAGACGAGGUCGUUGCUGGAGUAUUCGCAUCAGAAGAUAAAGUCGUAGAAAGUGUCGUCAGGUCAGGCGACGCGCUCGUAGCUAGGGUACUCCCACCGGAAGACGUGAUCGUGGAUGGUGUCGCAAGGUCGGGAGUUGGGCUUGUGCCUGAAGAAGUGGUAACGGAAGACGAGGUCGUAGACGAUGUCGUCAGUUCGAGAGGUGCGGUCGUGGCUGCGGAAGUAGUAGCGGUAGACGGGGUCGUGCCUGGAGUAGUUGUCCUCGAGGACGGAGUCGUGGAAUUUGUCAACAGUUCGGGUGUUGCUGUCGUGACUGGCGUCGUCGUACCGGAAGACGAGGUCGUUGCUGGAGUAUUGGCAUCAGAAGAUGAAGUCGUAGAAAGUAUCGCCAGGUCAAGCGACGCGCUCGUAGCUAGAGUACUCCCACCGGAAGACGUGAUCAUUGACGUUUUCGCAAGGUCGGGUGAUGGGCUUGUGCCUGAAGAAGUGGUAACGGAAGACGAGGUCGUAAACGAUGUCGUCAGUUCGAGAGGGGCGGUCGUGGCUGCGGAAGUAGUAGCGGAAGACGGGGUCGUGCCUGGAGUAGUUGUCCUCGAUGACGGAGUCGUGGAAGUUGUCGACAAUUCGGGUGUCGCAAUCGUGGCUGCAGUAGUCGUACUGGAAGACGAGGUCGUAGCUGGAGUAUUCGCAUCAGAAGAUGAAGUCGUAGAAAGUGUCGUCAGGUCAGGCGACGCGCUCGUAGCUAGAGUACUUCCACUGGAAGACCCGAUCGUGGACGGUGUCGCAAGUUCGAGAGGGGCGGUCGUGGCUGAGGAAAUAGUAGCGGAACAUGGAGUCCUGCCUGGAAUAGUUGUCCUCGAUGACGGAGUCGUGGAAGUUGUCGACGGUUCGGGUGUUGCGGUCGUGACUGGCGUAGUCGUACCGGAAGACGGGUUAGUGGCUGUAGUAGUCGUAUUGGAAGAUACGGUCGUGACUGAACUAGUCGUGCCGGAAGAAGAAGUCGUGGUUGGAGUAGUCGUAUUGUACGACGCUGUCGUGACUGAACUACUCGUACCGGUAGACGACGUCGUGGCUGGAGUAGUCGUACCGGAAGACGAGUUCAUAGAAAGUAUCGGUGAGUCAGCAUACGCGAGUUCAUCCGGAGUACUCAUAUUCGACGAAGAGGUCGUAGAAGGUGGCGAGAAUUCAGUCGUACCGGAAGGCGAGGAGGUAGUCGUCGAUGUCGACAGAUCGAGAGUCGAAAUCGUGGCUGAGGAAGUAGUAGCGGGAGACGGGGUUGUGCCUGGAGAAGUCGUCCCCGACGACGGAGUCGUGGAAGUUGUCGACAGUUCGGCUGUUGCUGUCGUGACUGGCGUUGUCGUACCGGAAGACGAGGUCGUUGCUGGAGUAUUCGCAUCAGAAGAUAAAGUCGUAGAAAGUGUCGUCAGGUCAGGCGACGCGCUCGUAGCUAGGGUACUCCCACCGGAAGACGUGAUCGUGGAUGGUGUCGCAAGGUCGGGAGUUGGGCUUUUGCCUGAAGAAGUGGUAACGGACGACGAGGUCGUAGACGAUGUCGUCAGUUCGAGAGGUGCGGUCGUGGCUGCGGAAGUAGUAGCGGUAGACGGGGUCGUGCCUGGAGUAGUUGUCCUCGAGGACGGAGUCGUGGAAUUUGUCAACAGUUCGGGUGUUGCUGUCGUGACUGGCGUCGUCGUACCGGAAGACGAGGUCGUUGCUGGAGUAUUGGCAUCAGAAGAUGAAGUCGUAGAAAGUAUCGCCAGGUCAAGCGACGCGCUCGUAGCUAGAGUACUCCCACCGGAAGACGUGAUCAUUGACGUUUUCGCAAGGUCGGGUGAUGGGCUUGUGCCUGAAGAAGUGGUAACGGAAGACGAGGUCGUAAACGAUGUCGUCAGUUCGAGAGGGGCGGUCGUGGCUGCGGAAGUAGUAGCGGAAGACGGGGUCGUGCCUGGAGUAGUUGUCCUCGAUGACGGAGUCGUGGAAGUUGUCGACAAUUCGGGUGUCGCGGUCGUGGCUGCAGUAGUCGUACUGGAAGACGAGGUCGUAGCUGGAGUAUUCGCAUCAGAAGAUGAAGUCGUAGAAAGUGUCGUCAGGUCAGGCGACGCGCUCGUAGCUAGAGUACUUCCACUGGAAGACCCGAUCGUGGACGGUGUCGCAAGUUCGAGAGGGGCGGUCGUGGCUGAGGAAAUAGUAGCGGAAGAUGGAGUCCUGCCUGGAAUAGUUGUCCUCGAUGACGGAGUCGUGGAAGUUGUCGACGGUUCGGGUGUUGCGGUCGUGACUGGCGUAGUCGUACCGGAAGACGGGUUAGUGGCUUUAGUAGUCGUAUUGGAAGAUACGGUCGUGACUGAACUAGUCGUGCCGGAAGAAGAAGUCGUGGUUGGAGUAGUCGUAUUGUACGACGCUGUCGUGACUGAACUACUCGUACCGGUAGACGACGUCGUGGCUGGAGUAGUCGUACCGGAAGACGAGUUCAUAGAAAGUAUCGGUGAGUCAGCAUACGCGAGUUCAUCCGGAGUACUCAUAUUCGACGAAGAGUUCGUAGAAGAUGGCGAGAAUUCAGUCGUACCGGAAGACGAGGAGGUAGUCGUCGAUGUCGACAGAUCGAGAGUCGAAAUCGUGGCUGAGGAAGUAGUAGCGGGAGACGGGGUUGUGCCUGGAGAAGUUGUCGCCGACGACGGAGUCGUGGACGUUGUCGAGAGUUCGGGUGUUGCGGUCGUGACUGGCGUAGUCGUACCGGAAGACGAGGUCGUUGCUGAAGUAUUCACAUCAGAAGAUGAAGUCGUAGAAAGUGUCGUCAGGUCAGGCGACGCGCUCGUAGCUAGAGUACUCCUACCGGAAGACGUGAUCGUGGACGGUGUCGCAAGGUCGGGAGUUGGUCUUGUGCCUGAAGAAGUGGUAACGGAAGACGAGGUCGCAGACGAUGUCGUCAGUUCGAGAGGGGCGGUCGUGGCUGCGGACGGAUUACCGGAAGACGGGGUCGUGCCUGCAGUAGUUGUCGUCGAUGACGGAGUCGUGGAAGUUGUCGACGGUUCGGGUGUUGCGGUCGUGACUAGCGUCGUCGUACCGGAAGACGAGGUCGUUGCUGGAGUAUUCGCAUCAGAAGAUGAAGUCGUAGAAAGUGUCGCCAGGUCAAGCGACGCGCUCGUAGCUAGAGUACUCCCACCGGAAGACGUGAUCAUGGACGGUGUCGUAAGGUCGGGUGAUAGGCUUGUGCCUGAAGAAAUGGUAACGGAAGACGCGGUCGUAGACGAUGUCGUCAGUUCUUCGGGUGUAGCUGUCGUGACGGGCGUCGUCAUACCGGAAGACGAGGUCGUUGCUGGAGUAUUGGCAUCAGAAGAUGAAGUCGUAGAAAAUGUCGCCAGGUCAAGCAACGCGCUCGUAGCUAGAGUACUCCCACCGGAAGACGUGAUCAUGGACGGUUUCGUAAGGUCGAGUGAUGGGCUUGUGCCUGAAGAAUUGGUAACGGCAGACGAGGUCGUAGACGACGUCGUCAUUGUCCUCGAUGACGGAGUCGUGGAAGUUGUCGACAGUUCGGGUGUCGCGUUCGUGACUGGCGUAGUCGUACCGGAAGACGGGGUAGUGGCUGUAGUAGUCGUAUUGGAAGAUGCGGUCGUGACUGAACUAGUCGUGCCGGAAGAAGAAGUCGUGGUUGGAGUAGUCGUAUUGUACGACGCGGUCGUGACUGAAAUACUCGUACCGGAAGACGACGUCGUGGCUGGAGUAGUUGUACCGGAAGACGAGUUCAUAGAAAGUAUCGGUGAGUCAGCAUACGCGAGUUCAUCCGGAGUACUCAUAUUCGACGAAGAGGUCGUAGAAGGUGGCGAGAAUUCAGUCGUACCGGACGACGAGGAGGUAGUCGUCGAUGUCGACAGAUCGAGAGUCGAAAUCGUGGCUGAGGAAGUAGUAGCGGGAGACGGGGUUGUGCCUGGAGAAGUCGUCCCCGACGACGGAGUCGUGGAAGUUGUCGAGAGUUCGGGUGUUGCGGUCGUGACUGGAGUAGUCGUACCGGAAGACGAGGUCGUUGCUGAAGUAUUCGCAUCAGAAGAUGAAGUCGUAGAAAGUGUCGCCAGGUCGGGAGUUGGUCUUGUGCCUGAAGAAGUGGUAACGGAAGACGAGGUCGCAGACGAUGUCGUCAGUUCGAGAGGGGCGGUCGUGGCUGCGGAAGGAUUAGCGGAAGACGGGGUCGUGCCUGCAGUAGUUGUCGUCGAUGACGGAGUCGUGGAAGUUGUCGACGGUUCGGGUGUUGCGGUCGUGACUAGCGUCGUCGUACCGGAAGACGAGGUCGUUGCUGGAGUAUUCGCAUCAGAAGAUGAAGUCGUAGAAAGUGUCGCCAGGUCAAGCGACGCGCUCGUAGCUAGAGUACUCCCACCGGAAGACGUGAUCAUGGACGGUGUCGUAAGGUCGGGUGAUGGGCUUGUGCCUGAAGAAAUGGUAACGGCAGACGAGGUCGUAGACGACGUCGUCAGUUCUUCGGCUGUUGCUGUCGUGACUGGCGUCGUCGUACCGGAAAACGAGGUCGUUGCUGGAGUAUUCGCAUUAGAAGAUGAAGUCGUAGAAAGUGUCGCCAGGUCAGGCGACGCGCUCGUAGCUAGGGUACUCCCACCGGAAGACGUGAUCGUGGAUGGUGUCGCAAGGUCGGGAGUUGGGCUUGUGCCCGAAGAAGUGGUAACGGAAGACGAGGUCGCAGACGAUGUCGUCAGUUCGAGAGGGGCGGUCGUGGCUGCGGAAGUAUUAGCGGAAGACGGGAUCGUGCCUGGAGUAGUUGUCCUCGAUGACGGAGUCGUCGAAGUUGUCGACAUCUCGGGUGUCGCGGUCGUGGCUGCAGUAGUCGUACUGGAAGACGAGGUCGCAGCUGGAGUAGUCGUACCGGAAGACGAGGUCGUAGGCGAUGUCGACAGGUGGAGAGAAGCGGUCGUGGCUAGGGAACUAGUUGCGGAAGACGGGGUUGUGCCUGGACUAGUUGUCGUCGAUGACGGAGUCGUGGAAGUUGUCGACAGUUCGGGUGUUGCGGUCGUGACUGGCGUCGUCGUACCGGAAGACGAGGUCGUUGCUGGAGUAUUCGCAUCAGAAGAUGAAGUCGUUGAAAGUGUCGCCAGGUCAAGCAACGCGCUCGUAGCUAGAGUACUCCCACCGGAAGACGUGAUCAUGGACGGUUUCGUAAGGUCGAGUGAUGGGCUUGUGCCUGAAGAAUUGGUAACGGCAGACGAGGUCGUAGACGACGUCGUCAUUGUCCUCGAUGACGGAGUCGUGGAAGUUGUCGACAGUUCGGGUGUCGCGUUCGUGACUGGCGUAGUCGUACCGGAAGACGGGGUAGUGGCUGUAGUAGUCGUAUUGGAAGAUGCGGUCGUGACUGAACUAGUCGUGCCGGAAGAAGAAGUCGUGGUUGGAGUAGUCGUAUUGUACGACGCGGUCGUGACUGAACUACUCGUACCGGAAGACGACGUCGUGGCUGGAGUAGUCGUACCGGAAGACGAGUUCAUAGAAAGUAUCGGUGAGUCAGCAUACGCGAGUUCAUCCGGAGUACUCAUAUUCGACGAAGAGGUCGUAGAAGGUGGCGAGAAUUCAGUCGUACCGGACGACGAGGAGGUAGUCGUCGAUGUCGACAGAUCGAGAGUCGAAAUCGUGGCUGAGGAAGUAGUAGCGGGAGACGGGGUUGUGCCUGGAGAAGUCGUCCCCGACGACGGAGUCGUGGAAGUUGUCGAGAGUUCGGGUGUUGCGGUCGUGACUGGAGUAGUCGUACCGGAAGACGAGGUCGUUGCUGAAGUAUUCGCAUCAGAAGAUGAAGUCGUAGAAAGUGUCGCCAGGUCGGGAGUUGGUCUUGUGCCUGAAGAAGUGGUAACGGAAGACGAGGUCGCAGACGAUGUCGUCAGUUCGAGAGGGGCGGUCGUGGCUGCGGAAGGAUUAGCGGAAGACGGGGUCGUGCCUGCAGUAGUUGUCGUCGAUGACGGAGUCGUGGAAGUUGUCGACGGUUCGGGUGUUGCGGUCGUGACUAGCGUCGUCGUACCGGAAGACGAGGUCGUUGCUGGAGUAUUCGCAUCAGAAGAUGAAGUCGUAGAAAGUGUCGCCAGGUCAAGCGACGCGCUCGUAGCUAGAGUACUCCCACCGGAAGACGUGAUCAUGGACGGUGUCGUAAGGUCGGGUGAUGGGCUUGUGCCUGAAGAAAUGGUAACGGCAGACGAGGUCGUAGACGACGUCGUCAGUUCUUCGGCUGUUGCUGUCGUGACUGGCGUCGUCGUACCGGAAAACGAGGUCGUUGCUGGAGUAUUCGCAUUAGAAGAUGAAGUCGUAGAAAGUGUCGCCAGGUCAGGCGACGCGCUCGUAGCUAGGGUACUCCCACCGGAAGACGUGAUCGUGGAUGGUGUCGCAAGGUCUGGAGUUGGGCUUGUGCCCGAAGAAGUGGUAACGGAAGACGAGGUCGCAGACGAUGUCGUCAGUUCGAGAGGGGCGGUCGUGGCUGCGGAAGUAUUAGCGGAAGACGGGAUCGUGCCUGGAGUAGUUGUCCUCGAUGACGGAGUCGUCGAAGUUGUCGACAUCUCGGGUGUCGCGGUCGUGGCUGCAGUAGUCGUACUGGAAGACGAGGUCGCAGCUGGAGUAGUCGUACCGGAAGACGAGGUCGUAGGCGAUGUCGACAGGUGGAGAGAAGCGGUCGUGGCUAGGGAACUAGUUGCGGAAGACGGGGUUGUGCCUGGACUAGUUGUCGUCGAUGACGGAGUCGUGGAAGUUGUCGACAGUUCGGGUGUUGCGGUCGUGACUGGCGUCGUCGUACCGGAAGACGAGGUCGUUGCUGGAGUAUUCGCAUCAGAAGAUGAAGUCGUAGAAAGUGUCGCCAGGUCAAGCGACGCGCUCGUAGCUAGAGUACUCCCACCGGAAGACGUGAUCAUGGACGGUUUCGUAAGGUCGGUUGAUGGGCUUGUGCCUGAAGAAUUGGUAACGGCAGACGAGGUCGUAGACGACGUCGUCAUAGUUGUCUUCGAGGACGGAGUCGUGGAAGUUGUCGACAGUUUGGGUGUCGCGGUCGUGGCUGGAGUAGUCGUACCGGAAGACGAGGUCGUUGCUGGAGUAUUCGCAUCAGAAGAUAAAGUCGUAGAAAGUGUCGUCAGGUCAGGCGACGCGCUCGUAGCUAGGGUACUCCCACCGGAAGACGUGAUCGUGGAUGGUGUCGCAAGGUCGGGAGUUGGGCUUGUGCCUGAAGAAGUGGUAACGGAAGACGAGGUCGUAGACGAUGUCGUCAGUUCGAGAGGUGCGGUCGUGGCUGCGGAAGUAGUAGCGGUAGACGGGGUCGUGCCUGGAGUAGUUGUCCUCGAGGACGGAGUCGUGGAAUUUGUCAACAGUUCGGGUGUUGCUGUCGUGACUGGCGUCGUCGUACCGGAAGACGAGGUCGUUGCUGGAGUAUUGGCAUCAGAAGAUGAAGUCGUAGAAAGUAUCGCCAGGUCAAGCGACGCGCUCGUAGCUAGAGUACUCCCACCGAAAGACGUGAUCAUGGACGUUUUCGCAAGGUCGGGUGAUGGGCUUGUGCCUGAAGAAGUGGUAACGGAAGACGAGGUCGUAAACGAUGUCGUCAGUUCGAGAGGGGCGGUCGUGGCUGCGAAAGUAGUAGCGGAAGACGGGGUCGUGCCUGGAGUAGUUGUCCUCGAUGACGGAGUCGUUGAAUUUGUCAACAGUUCGGGUGUAGCUGUCGUGACGGGCGUCGUCGUACCGGAAGACGAGGUCGUUGCUGGAGUAUUGGCAUCAGAAGAUGAAGUCGUAGAAAGUGUCGCCAGGUCAAGCAACGCGCUCGUAGCUAGAGUACUCCCACCGGAAGACGUGAUCAUGGACGGUUUCGUAAGGUCGAGUGAUGGGCUUGUGCCUGAAGAAUUGGUAACGGCAGACGAGGUCGUAGACGACGUCGUCAGUUCUUCGGCUGUUGCUGUCGUGACUGGCGUCGUCGUACCGGAAAACGAGGUCGUUGCUGGAGUAUUCGCAUUAGAAGAUGAAGUCGUAGAAAGUGUCGCCAGGUCAGGCGACGCGCUCGUAGCUAGGGUACUCCCACCGGAAGACGUGAUCGUGGAUGGUGUCGCAAGGUCGGGAGUUGGGCUUGUGCCUGAAGAAGUGGUAACGGAAGACGAGGUCGCAGACGAUGUCGUCAGUUCGAGAGGGGCGGUCGUGGCUGCGGAAGUAUUAGCGGAAGACGGGAUCGUGCCUGGAGUAGUUGUCCUCGAUGACGGAGUCGUGGAAGUUGUCGACAGUUUGGGUGUCGCGGUCGUGGCUGGAGUAGUCGUACCGGAAGACGAGGUCGUUGCUGGAGUAUUCGCAUCAGAAGAUAAAGUCGUAGAAAGUGUCGUCAGGUCAGGCGACGCGCUCGUAGCUAGGGUACUCCCACCGGAAGACGUGAUCGUGGAUGGUGUCGCAAGGUCGGGAGUUGGGCUUGUGCCUGAAGAAGUGGUAACGGAAGACGAGGUCGUAGACGAUGUCGUCAGUUCGAGAGGUGCGGUCGUGGCUGCGGAAGUAGUAGCGGUAGACGGGGUCGUGCCUGGAGUAGUUGUCCUCGAGGACGGAGUCGUGGAAUUUGUCAACAGUUCGGGUGUUGCUGUCGUGACUGGCGUCGUCGUACCGGAAGACGAGGUCGUUGCUGGAGUAUUGGCAUCAGAAGAUGAAGUCGUAGAAAGUAUCGCCAGGUCAAGCGACGCGCUCGUAGCUAGAGUACUCCCACCGAAAGACGUGAUCAUGGACGUUUUCGCAAGGUCGGGUGAUGGGCUUGUGCCUGAAGAAGUGGUAACGGAAGACGAGGUCGUAAACGAUGUCGUCAGUUCGAGAGGGGCGGUCGUGGCUGCGAAAGUAGUAGCGGAAGACGGGGUCGUGCCUGGAGUAGUUGUCCUCGAUGACGGAGUCGUUGAAUUUGUCAACAGUUCGGGUGUAGCUGUCGUGACGGGCGUCGUCGUACCGGAAGACGAGGUCGUUGCUGGAGUAUUGGCAUCAGAAGAUGAAGUCGUAGAAAGUGUCGCCAGGUCAAGCAACGCGCUCGUAGCUAGAGUACUCCCACCGGAAGACGUGAUCAUGGACGGUUUCGUAAGGUCGAGUGAUGGGCUUGUGCCUGAAGAAUUGGUAACGGCAGACGAGGUCGUAGACGACGUCGUCAGUUCUUCGGCUGUUGCUGUCGUGACUGGCGUCGUCGUACCGGAAAACGAGGUCGUUGCUGGAGUAUUCGCAUUAGAAGAUGAAGUCGUAGAAAGUGUCGCCAGGUCAGGCGACGCGCUCGUAGCUAGGGUACUCCCACCGGAAGACGUGAUCGUGGAUGGUGUCGCAAGGUCGGGAGUUGGGCUUGUGCCUGAAGAAGUGGUAACGGAAGACGAGGUCGCAGACGAUGUCGUCAGUUCGAGAGGGGCGGUCGUGGCUGCGGAAGUAUUAGCGGAAGACGGGAUCGUGCCUGGAGUAGUUGUCCUCGAUGACGGAGUCGUCGAAGUUGUCGACAUCUCGGGUGUCGCGGUCGUGGCUGCAGUAGUCGUACUGGAAGACGAGGUCGCAGCUGGAGUAGUCGUACCGGAAGACGAGAUCGUAGGCGAUGUCGACAGGUGGAGAGAAGCGGUCGUGGCUAGGGAACUAGUUGCGGAAGACGGGGUUGUGCCUGGACUAGUUGUCGUCGAUGACGGAGUCGUGGAAGUUGUCGACAGUUCGGGUGUUGCGGUCGUGACUGGCGUCGUCGUACCGGAAGACGAGGUCGUUGCUGGAGUAUUCGCAUCAGAAGAUGAAGUCGUAGAAAGUGUCGCCAGGUCAAGCGACGCGCUCGUAGCUAGAGUACUCCCACCGGAAGACGUGAUCAUGGACGGUUUCGUAAGGUCGGUUGAUGGGCUUGUGCCUGAAGAAGUGGUAACGGAAGACGAGGUCGCAGACGAUGUCGUCAGUUCGAGAGGGGCGGUCGUGGCUGCGGAAGUAUUAGCGGAAGACGGGAUCGUGCCUGGAGUAGUUGUCCUCGAUGACGGAGUCGUCGAAGUUGUCGACAUCUCGGGUGUCGCGGUCGUGGCUGCAGUAGUCGUACUGGAAGACGAGGUCGCAGCUGGAGUAGUCGUACCGGAAGACGAGAUCGUAGGCGAUGUCGACAGGUGGAGAGAAGCGGUCGUGGCUAGGGCACUAGUUGCGGAAGACGGGGUUGUGCCUGGACUAGUUGUCGUCGAUGACGGAGUCGUGGAAGUUGUCGACAGUUCGGGUGUUGCGGUCGUGACUGGCGUCGUCGUACCGGAAGACGAGGUCGUUGCUGGAGUAUUCGCAUCAGAAGAUGAAGUCGUAGAAAGUGUCGCCAGGUCAAGCGACGCGCUCGUAGCUAGAGUACUCCCACCGGAAGACGUGAUCAUGGACGGUUUCGUAAGGUCGGUUGAUGGGCUUGUGCCUGAAGAAUUGGUAACGGAAGACGAGGUCGUAGACGAUGUCGUCAGUUCGAGAGGUGCGGUCGUGGCUGCGGAAGUAUUAGCGGAAGACGGGCUCGUGCCUUGA